AUGUGUUCUCGAUCCUUUGUGGUUCAGAAGCGCAGCGGCAAGUCCCUGAACCGCUAUCAGAUUGGCGAUUCACUGGGUGCAGGCUGCUUCGGGACCGUAGCGAAGGCAACCGACAAGGUCUCAGGCGUUCGACGGGCCUUCAAGACUGUCUCCAAGGUCAAGCAAGCUCAAAUGUCGAAGAAGGAAGCGGCAAUGAUGGCACCACUGGACCAUCCCAGCAUUUGCCGGCUCUAUGAUGUUAUUGAUGACAAAGAGCACAUGUACUUCGUGAUGGAGCUUUGUGCUGGAGGUGACUUGCAGAAGCGCCUCCAGGAUUUCACCGACCAGUUCUUGCCCGAACCCACGGCUGCGUCACUCAUGAAGCAGCUGUUCUCUGCCAUGAACUACCUCCACCAGCUCGGGAUCUCGCAUGGAGAUUUCGCAGCGCGGAAUGUUCUGCUCAAGGAGGACAAGCCUUUGGAUGAAAGCAUGGUCAAAAUUGCAGAUUUCGGGAGUGCUCGCAGCGUCGAUACGACGCAAGAGUCCGGAUCCCACAAGAGCGACAUUUGGGGUCUUGGGCGGCUCAUGCGUGGCCUUGUCUGUGACAUUAGCCGCGUGCUGGGCAAGUCCACGAUCGCAAGCGCCUCUGGUCAAACGUCGGCUCGAAAGCCGAUGGACGACAGCGCAUGGCUUGGGCAUUCAGACGAGUCGCGCUGCCUUUGUGGCCGAAUUCUCCGCCGGGAUCCUGCUGCAAGGUGGACAGCAGAGGAGGCUUUACACCAUCCCUGGCUGAUGGGCGCGAAAAUGCAGUCGAAGGAGGCAGCCGUUCCGGAGAACAUCCUCCAACGCCUUCAGGCUUUCGCCAAUGCCAGCAGCCUCGAGCGGAUUGCGCUGCAAGCCAUCGCCGAGCAGAGAGGAGGCUGCGAAAGCCUCUUUGUCACACUGGACAAGGACGCUGAUGGCCUCCUCACACCAGCAGACCUCCAGUGCUCCUUGGAACAAGUCUUCGGCACAGCGGUUGAGAUGCCGAACUUGCAUUCACUCCUGGCCGAGGUCGAUCCGGAUGGUGUCGGCGUGGUAGAGCUUUCGACUUUCAAGGCUGCGAUGCUUCAGGCAGCCAGCUUGGACAAGAGAAUGAUACUAGCCGGCUUCCGUGUGAUCGACAGGGACAUGGAUGGCAAGAUUACCGCCAGAGACCUUCUGCGAGUGUUCGUUGAAAUGGAGGUAGAGGAGGCAUCCAGCAUGGUGGCGGCCUUCGAUUUGGAUUGUGAUGGAGGUCUAAAUUCGGAGGAAUUCACCGGCAUGGUGCAUUCUUAUUUCCAAACACAAACUGCUGAAGGCACCUGGCCAAAGACGCCUCUGAAGCGGAAGACUCCCGAGAUGAGGCGAUUCAAGCUUUUCUCGAUGAGCAUGAGGAACUUCCGCACUGUGGAUGAAGACGACAAUGACGCCCACUCGAGCUGCGUCGCAUCAAGUAUCUUUACCACGAGCAACCUGGCUGGGGACAGUCGCCUGGUUGAGUCCAGCAGCAGCAGUGGCGGGGAGGAGGAGGUGGACACGGCAUUAUCCUUGUCCCUGUCUCAGUCGCAGGUGCCAGAGCGCACGAAACCCGCGAAGCCGCUGGGAAAACCGGCUGCCAAACCGCUCACCAAGCCUCCUGCCAAGCCGGCUGUGGCCGUGAGCAAGGCACGGCUUGAUGCUUCAGAGAAACCCUAA